AUGCCUUACGGUACACAAAACCAAUACACCGAACCACCACCAGCUUAUGCACAAGUACCUCAUGUUGGAACUUCAGCAGCAGCUCGUGAACCUUUAUUGGACAGAGAGGUAGGUGACGAUGAUGUACCAGACGAUUUUAAAUAUGGAGUAUCAGUUAGCGAAUGUGAUCUUAGUGUUCGAAUGGCAUUCGUGCGUAAAGUUUAUUCCAUCUUGUUUGUGCAAAUAUUGUUUACAACGAUUAUGGCAGCUUUUACGAUGUAUAAUGACAAUUUCAAGACCUGGGUUCAGUCAAAUUUUAGUACAAUUCUUAUUCUGUUUGGUUUGAUAUGGAAACGUCGUUCUUAUCCAACAAAUUUCAUAUUAUUAUCUACAUUUACACUUGCUGAAGCCUACACUGUUGGAACUUUUGUUACUUUUUUUGAAACCGAAUUGGUUUUGCAAGCAUUUCUUAUAACUGUUGGAUUAUUUUUGGGUCUUACAUUGUUCACUUUUCAGUCAAAAUAUGAUUUUAGUGGAUUGUUGCCAUUCAUUGUUUCAUUAUUCUUUCCAUUCAAUGGAAUCUUUGAUUUGAUUAUUGCGUCAGCAACAGCUAUAAUAUUUUGUGGGUUUAUUAUUUAUGAUACUGAUCAAAUCACAAAAAGACUUAGCCCCGAAGAAUAUAUUAUUGCAUCGGUUGAUCUUUAUCUUGAUUUUAUUAAUCUUUUUAUUUCCAUUCUAAGAAUCUUGAAAGAUGUUAAUAGUAAUUAA